UCUCAUUUCUCAAAUCCCCCUCAACCCCAUGUUCCCCCCACACCACACUGCUGGUCUCCUCUCCUGUUGAGAAAAACCAAGAACCCCACCGGCCACCCCCUCUCUCUCUCUCUCUCUCUCUCUCUCUCUUCUCUGAGAUUGACUUGACACGCACGCCAUUGAAAUAAUGACACCUCUUAUUUGAAUCCCCACCUCCCCUUUCUCUCUCUUCUCUCUCUUUCUCUCUCUUCCUCUGCUCCGAGCCCUCUGUUACUCUCUCUCUUCUUGCUGCCGAGCUCGGCCAUGGGCGUCGACCUGCGUCGCCGGAGCCACCUCGUCUCCGCCGCUGCCGCCGCCUUAGUCCUCUUCAUCUUCUUCUUCUUCGGCGCAACUUUUGGGAUCUUCUCCUUGGAAGGGAAAGCUCGAGAGGGAGUAGUGGCGAACCCGAGCCCAAGGGUUUCGGAGCAGGACCGCUGGGAGCCAUCAGGUGACGUGGCGGCUCGGCGGCGGCGGCGGCUUGUGGGCCCGGGCUCGUCGCCGCCGACGUGUCGAGCGCGGUGCGGGCGCUGCUUCCCGUGCCGCCCUGUACACGUGGCGAUCCAACCCGGUCGGAGCUUCCCCUUGGAGUACUACCCCGAAGCGUGGCGAUGCAAGUGUGGUAACAAGCUCUUCAUGCCCUAAAAGGAGAAGAGAAACUUAAUUAGAGAAGAGGCUCUAAUACUAUUCUUCUGAAGAGAGACAAAUUUAAGAAACAAAGAAAAAGGAGAGAGAUAUAUCGAGCACAAAACCCCUCCCUUUCCCUGACUUUUCAUGGAGAGUUCUUUGUAUUUUAUAAUGGUUGUAUGUAUAGAGAAGUGUAUUGGCCUUUUUUUUUCUUUUCUUUUCUUUUUUUGACUGUUUUGGUUUUUUUUUUUUUUUAUUGUUCCUUUCUUUUUUGGGGUUCUAUAUGUGAUUUUAUAACUAAAGAGGUUGGAGUUAAUGGAGAGCUGAUUUU